AUGACACCCACUAGCUCGGCAGCCACGAGUACGUCGUCCAGCACGAGAGGCAAGGACAAGCAGGGAAGAACAAGUGGCGCAGGAUUGGGCGCGCAACCUCUCGAGUCUCGCUCGACCGACACGUCAGUGACGAGCAGCCCGACGACGGAGAGGGUGCCACUCUACGGCUCGUCGGGGGAUAGACCUGUCAGGAUGUCGGGCUCCAGUCGAUCUUCCUCAUCACGAGGCGAGCAUCGCGAAAGAGGCACAUCGAACAACAUCAAGAUGUAUCCUCCUUCCCGGAAGCACACCGUCCUGCCCAACGGCGAGAUACGCUAUCACCAGGCGAUUGGCGUCACGGGCGAUCAGCCUGGUGAUGAGGACGAUCACAACAACUACGGAGGCUGGCACGCCUUUCCUGUCUUCAUCUGUAUCGUCCCCACCAUCGGCGCCCUCAUCCACGGCACUAGCGAUGGCUGGUCCGACUUCAUCUUCGUCUGCAUCCUCGGCUUUGGCAUCUAUGUCCUCCUGAAGCUGCCCUGGGACAUGUACGCUCUCUCGAGACAGAGGAUUCCGCUCAAGAAGAGUAUGCUCGAUCCUUCCAUCCCCGUCAACGAGCAGCAUGCAGCCGAUGCCAGAGCUUCUGGCUCCGCGCUGGCGACUGCAGAGGUCAUCUGGCUCGGCGCGACCUUUGUCAGCCCACUCAUCGCGCAGCAGCUGCUCGUCUUCUGCCGACAGUAUCUGAGCGAUCCAGAGAACAUUCUGUCAGACCGCAACAUCGCUAUCUUUGUCUUCUGCUCAGAGCUCCGUCCCACAUGGAACUUCUGGAACCGAAUCAAGGACUGGAAGCUGCAGCAGCACGAAUACGUUCACUAUCCUUCGCGUGAAGUACAAGAGUUGCGCGAGCGCGUCGAUCGACUCGAGCAUGAUCUGGCAGUCCUCAAAAAGGCAUUCGCUACCAAGACAGAGGUCAAAGUCAUGCGAGACAACAUCGACGCCCCGCUCACCCAACUCUCGAAGGCGGUCAGGCGGACCGAACGCAACGGCGAGUAUAUCAGACUCACCAACGAUGAGCGUUUCGCGAUCUUACAAGCGCGUCUCGAGGACAGCAUAAGGGCCAAUGAAAUGCUGGUCGAUCAGAUGGGACAGCUCAGACGCGAUAUGGAGUCCUCGGGCCCUCUGACGACAAUGUUCCGCAUCUGUCGCUACGUUCUUCUGCCAGGACCGGACGGCGCGCUGAGCAAGAGCUCCGGCAAGUGGUAUGAAAAGGGCGCGCUUUUCUAUAUCUUCCUCCCGCUCAACCUGUCCACGCUCGCACUUGACUAUGCUGGCGCAAAAAUGGACCCGACCCCUCAAGCAUCUAUGCUGAACGGAACGCGUUCGCCAGCCUUGCUCAAUCAGAAUGAGCACGACGAGGUCGAAAUCGAGGACGAGAGUCUCGAGGAUUCGCUCGACUGA